AUGGGGUAUGUGACAGGAGUGCUGGCUGUGGUGGUACAUGCUGCCUAUUUGGUGCUCAUCCAAAAGACCAGUGCAGAUAGUGACUAUGGACCCCUGACAGCCCAGUAUGUCAUUGCUGUUUCAGCCACUCCUUUGCUCAUCAUCUGCUCCUUUGCCAGUAUGGAUGCCAUCAACGUCUGGUCAUUCCCUGGCUGGAAGGACCCGGCCAUGGCAUGCAUCUUUAUCGCUUGUGUCUUGAUUGGCUGUGCCAUGAACUUUACCACCCUUCACUGCACCUACAUUAACUCGGCUGUGACCACAAGCUUCGUCGGGGUGGUAAAGAGCAUAGCAACCAUCACAGUGGGCAUGGUGGCCUUCGAUGAUGUGGAGCCCACAAAGCUGUUUAUAGCAGGUGUUGUGGUCAACACCUUGGGCUCUGUCAUUUACUGUGUGGUCAAGUACAUUGAAACCAGAAAGCAGAGCAAUUAUGAGGACCUGGAAAAAGAAGCAAGAGAGGAAGAAGAGAAAGGACAUACUGGAGGUCAACCACCAUUUGCAAUGGAGGAGAUCUCCCAGGAGAAGGGGACAGAGGAGACAGCAGUAGAGGAACAAGCAGAAAGGGACAGUGAGAGUAUAGAGGAGCAACAGGACAACACAGUGGAGCCAGCAAAGGUGCCCAGUGUUCAAGGAGAAGUAAACAGCACUGAAGGAGUUAACAAGAGCUCACUGAAGGAUGCCUAUCUUGGAGUAUGGAGGUUAGUUAGGGGGGGUAAUUAUAUAAAGAAAGAUUAUUUGAUAGAAAACGAGGAGUUACCAAGUCCCUGAAAAGCAGGUUUUAAAAAGGGAAUGUCUUAAGGCUUGAGGAAAUAUUUAUUUAUUUUUUGCAUAGAGAAGGAAGGCAGGAUGCACGUUUUUCACAUCAGCACUGACGAAUCCAACUUGUUUAGGAUUGUUUUACCUCACCAUCCACAAAGGAUGUGUUAAUCUGCUUACACUAUAAAAUCACUCCCAUGACUGAAACAGUUAAACUGAUGUAGAAAUCUGUGCAUUGGACUUACAUUGGUGUAAUUCCAUUGCCUUGAGUAGAGUUACUCCUGACAGCUAUGUGAGAUCAGAAUCAGACCUGGAGGGUGAGAAGCUCUGAUCAGAAUGAUAAAGGCCUUAUUCUGGUAGGUUAUUACAUUGAGGGCUCUGCAGGUUGUUUUUAUUUUAUUUUUAUUGAUGGAUAAUUUAUUUGCCAAUAAUGUAAUUGCCAUUCACCUGAAACUAUAUGUGAAUUCAGGUUAAAUUCAGUAACUGUUUUGAGCAGACAAAACAGGUUACAAAUGUUAAUAUUAAGCAUUUUGAUUCUGGGGUUAGAUUCUCCAAAUUGGUGAGAAGAUGGGUGCGGGUGCUGCUCUCUCCUUCUCCUCUCUAUCCGUCCCUUUA